ACUCGCAACCAAAUGCUUUACUUAACUCACUUUUAACCCUCUCCACAACCAAGAUAAAAUGCUUAGGCUGUUGCUUCUUUCCCAGCAGCUCUCCCCCUACCUUCUUGGGUUUUGCUGAGACAAUUUUCAAGUUUUAGUCCCCGGGUAUCUCAGUAAUACUUAUUUAAGACUUUUACUACAAGUUCACAGCCAUAAUAUUAUCGUUCUUUUAGAUUUAACUGUAGUUAAGUAUAAAAAAUAUAGUACAUAUAAAUAUGCUCUUUAAUUGUUCAUAUUAAUCAAUGUUCGCGAAAUAAAACAGGCAAACAAAGGAUUAACAUCCAAAAUAUACAGGCCAGUAAGACAAAGGCAAGCAAAUCAACACGAAAGUCAAUUGAGCAAGCAAUUCACAGAAGAAAUACUAGGAGACAAUAAACAGAAGUUGUUUAACCGCAGUAGUAGUUGGACAGCUGCAAACCAAAAACAUUAUGAUUCUCCAGCCCCCAAUCCAAUUGGCAAAUAUUUCUAAAACAACAUAAGUGCACGCCUGCCCCCGGGAGGUCCGCGCUUUGCACUUUGAGAUCUAAAUUUUUAGUUUCUAGGAUGCCAGCUUACUGGGUUUGCAAGAACAUUUGGCAAGCACGUAUAGAUAUCUGGUAAUAAUUGCAGAUAGUCUUUAUUAUACUCUCAAUGCGACAAGAUAAUGGGAGUUGAAAUGGAACUGUCUCUGAAUUUAUUUGACCCCAACGGCUUUACUUAACCAAAAAAAAAAAGUGCAUUAAACCUAAAAUUGUACACUAGUAGUGGACGAAAGAUCGGCGACAAGAAUUUGAGUGAGCCUGAAACUGAGGGGAAAAUGCUUCCCUGCAGGUACUGGGCAAGAGAGGACGCUCCAGAAGCCUUUUAGGCGGGGUGUGCACCUGCCCCAGUGCUGGGCAGAGGAUGCAAAAUGGCGCCCACUAGCUCCGUAGGAGUGGCCUUGAGCUGGACUGGCCGAAUAGGAAUGUUCGGAGGCGGGACGCUUUCCCCGCCACGCCCUCUGAGAGCUCGGGGCAGGGCUUCCUGUAGUUAGCGCCUUUCCAUUGGUCGAAAAUGGACCGGGGUUGGGAGAAGCCAAUCGUUGCCAGUCUUGCUAAAGCCGUCGCCGUAGCAACGCGCAGAGCCGCCUAGGAGAGGCCUCUGGAGCAGAAGGCCGAGUGGCUCAAGGCCCCACCGUCCAGCUGCUAAGUGCCAGAUGAUGGAGGAGCGUGCUAACCUGAUGCACAUGAUGAAACUCAGUAUCAAGGUCUUGCUCCAGUCGGCUCUGAGCCUGGGCCGCAGCCUGGAUGCGGACCAUGCCCCCUUGCAGCAAUUCUUUGUAGUGAUGGAGCACUGCCUCAAACAUGGGCUGAAAGUUAAGAAGAGUUUUAUUGGCCAAAAUAAAUCUUUCUUUGGUCCUUUGGAGCUGGUGGAGAAACUUUGUCCAGAAGCAUCACAUAUAGCGACUAGUGUCAGAAAUCUGCCAGAAUUAAAGACAGCUGUGGGAAGAGGCCGAGCUUGGCUGUAUCUUGCGCUCAUGCAAAAGAAACUGGCAGAUUAUCUGAAAGUACUUAUAGACAAUAAACAUCUCUUAAGUGAGUUCUAUGAGCCUGAGGCUUUAAUGAUGGAGGAAGAAGGGAUGGUGAUUGUCGGUCUGCUGGUGGGACUCAAUGUUCUCGAUGCCAAUCUCUGCCUAAAAGGAGAAGACUUGGAUUCUCAGGUUGGAGUAAUAGAUUUUUCCCUAUACCUUAAGGAUGUGCAGGAUCUUGAUGGUGGCAAGGAGCAUGAAAGAAUUACUGAUGUCCUUGAUCAAAAAAAUUAUGUGGAAGAACUUAACCGGCACUUGAGCUGCACAGUUGGGGAUCUUCAAACCAAGAUAGAUGGCUUGGAAAAGACUAAUUCAAAGCUUCAAGAAGAGCUUUCAGCUGCAACAGACCGAAUUUGUUCACUUCAAGAAGAACAGCAGCAGUUAAGAGAACAAAAUGAAUUAAUUCGAGAAAGAAGUGAAAAGAGUGUAGAGAUAACAAAACAGGAUACCAAAGUUGAGCUGGAGACUUACAAGCAAACCCGGCAAGGUCUGGAUGAAAUGUAUAGUGAUGUGUGGAAGCAGCUAAAGGAGGAGAAGAAAGUCCGGUUGGAACUGGAAAAAGAACUGGAGUUACAAAUUGGAAUGAAAACCGAAAUGGAAAUUGCAAUGAAGUUACUGGAAAAGGACACCCACGAGAAGCAGGACACGCUAGUUGCCCUCCGCCAGCAGCUGGAAGAAGUCAAAGCGAUUAAUUUACAGAUGUUUCACAAAGCUCAGAAUGCAGAGAGCAGUCUGCAACAGAAGAAUGAAGCCAUCACUUCCUUUGAAGGAAAAACCAACCAAGUGAUGUCCAGCAUGAAACAAAUGGAAGAGAGGUUGCAGCACUCAGAGCGGGCAAGGCAGGGGGCCGAGGAGCAGAGCCACAAGCUGCAGCAGGAGCUCGGCGGGAGGAUUGGCGCCCUGCAGCUGCAGCUCUCCCAGCUGCACGAGCAAUGCUCAAGCCUAGAGAAAGAAUUGAAAUCAGAAAAAGAGCAAAGACAAGCUCUUCAGCGUGAAUUACAGCACGAGAAAGACACUUCCUCUCUACUCAGAACAGAGCUACAGCAAGUAGAAGGAUUGCAAAAGGAGUUGCAGGAGCUUCAGGACGAGAAGGCAGAGCUGCAGAAGAUCUGCGAGGAGCAGGAACAAGCCCUCCAGGAAAUGGGCCUGCACCUCAGCCAGUAAGAACCCCACUCCCCUCAUCUGCCACUGCAGGCACACCAGGCCACCCACCACAUCCCUCAGGCCCCAAACCUACCUCCUUUUGGCAAAAGGAGGGUGAGCUGUUUAGGAGCCCUAUCCACCGUUCACCGAUGAGCUUUCAGCAAGCUAAGCCUCAGAGGGACCCAGCACUGAUUUCUGCUAACCACAUGGGGAUGUUAGUGAGCUCUUAGUUAAUUCAUUGAGCACAUUCAUUCCUAGUGACCAAGGACACUCCUGUUCCUUAGCUUCAUAUCCAGGGCCUUAGGGAACAGAUAGGCAAUGAGAGCGUUGCUUGAUCGGCCUACAGUCAGGCCAGAGGGUGCAUGGCUUGUUUGAAAAUGGAAGCCUGGCAUGGUGGUGGUUCACUCACCGGCCUUGCACAGCACAGCCCAGCCCCCUUCCUUUCUGGGAACUGGCCAUUGCAUCUGCCAGAGUCUGUCUGUCUGCUGCCAGUGCUGGUAGUUCUGCUCCCCUCUGACUUAACAUCUUUCCUCCCUGAUGUCCCAGUCUGGACACAUUGCUGGGGAUACCUGGGCCUUGGGGUAGAUCACACUGCAGAUGGUAGAACUUGUCCAUUUGUGUGAUGGUUGCAUUUUCAACAGAAUGGGUGGCUUUUUCUCCUCGAGUCAGGACUCAUGGUUGCAAGUAACAGAAAUCCAACUCAAAGUGGCUUAAGCAAAAGAAGCCAUCAGGAAUCAGUCUCUGUCUCCUACCUCUGCUGUCCCUGUCUACCUCACAGGUGGGUCUGGAUCGUGCAGGGGCAAAACAGCACCCAGCAGGGCCAUCUAUCAGAGGAACAAAGUCUCUCUUUCUGCAUAGCUCCCAAGAUGACCUGAGGUUGACUCUGUGCUCCCCCAGUACCUGUGUCUGACAUAAGCACCGUGACCAAGGAGAUGGCCUCACGACCUCAGCACAGCCUGGGCUCAGGUCCAGCACUGCAUACAUGUGACCAGAAAAGGUCCACACAUGGAGACCAAAAUGAGAAUCAACUUGAAACAUACGAGUAUAUAGACAUGUGCAGCCUUAGAAUUUUUCUCACAGUUUAGAAAUUCGGAGAGUCUAGUACUAUUAAGAAAAUGGGCUGGGCACAGUUGCUCACACCUGUAAUCC